AUGACCCGGACGCGGCGCUCCUACUCCCCCUCCUUCCGCUCCCGCUCCUCCUCCGCGGGACCCCGCGAACACCGACGUCCCGGCAUUAAGACCGCCGCAGUCUUCAUCGCCGCCGUCGCCGUCGCCACCAUCUGCGUCCACAAGUUCUGGCCGCGCGGCAUCGUCCACUCCAAGAAGGAAAAAUGGGAGCACUCGUCCUCGCCCUCGGGCCGCCGCUCGCGCAGGCGCAACGCCAUACGCGACCGUCACAACGGCUACAUCGACUACGACGACCACAAUGUCUUUGAUCGCAACGACUACCCGCGUGACGACAGGAGGAGGCUGCCCGAGAGGGAGUAUUAUCCGCCCCGCAGCCGCAGCGACGGGCGGCCGAGGGGCUACGAAAGCGACAGCGACGGGGACUCGUAUUACUCCGACGACUACCUGCCUUCUCCAAGUGAACGCUUUUCGAAGAGGCGGGGGACGAUCGAGGGGGACCGCCGAGGGAGGUCACGCAGGGUCGGCCCAGAGGAGGACAACGAGGUGGUUCGUUAUGAGAAGCAGUCAAACAGGUCAGAGGCGGAUAGGAGUCGUUUCGAGGAAGAGCGUCCGCAGCGGCCGCGAUACAACGAAGCUGUUGAGGAUUGGAGCCGGCGGGGAAGUCAACGGUAUCCGUCUCCGUCGGACGAGCGGGGCUAUAGAGGCGAGCCCGAGUAUGCAGACAGGAGGUCCCGGCGAAGGUCAGAUAACUUCUAA